AUGGAUGUGUUGAUCAAGGCUGUAUAUGACUUGGCAGUGGGCUUCGGGAUUACGAGCAGCUGCUGGCCUCAAUUACAAGCUGAAUCACCUAUACUUGAAGUACAGAGCUCGGAUAUAGAAGCGACGCCUAACCGUGAUUUACGUGGGGAACUCCAUUCAGCCCGUGAUGCAGUUGAGAAGAGUUAUGCUGUGAUUUACGCGAAGGUGAACGCUCUCGUUAAGCAAGGGAAUGAAAACGCCUUCGAAACUCUUUCCUCAAUUGCUGAGCGUAUUCGUACUCUGGCCGAUAAAAUCGGCGUGCCUAUUAGGAGAGCAGCGCUCCUUUCUAAACCAGAUAUGAAAAAGAGGUCCUUAUCUAUCGGAAGAGUGGAUCCUGAGGAGACUUUAUUCUGCUCACUCUGUUUUGAAAAACACCCGAAUGUUCUCCCUGAACACAUGGACCCGGAUGGAACCAGACGCAAGGGAAACGGAAUGGAUGUGAUGCACCCAUUGCCGUGUGUGGGUCCACGCGGUGUGUGGACGAGGCGCACCACAUAG